AUGAAGCAAGGAACAAACAAAAACUUGAUGCAUUUUAAGGAACAAUUCUUGAGACAGGCUGAAGUCCUGCAAGAUCCAUAUGGCAUUGCCUGGUUCCAAAAUUUUGAAGGAACAACCAAAGACUUGAUAUAUUUCAAGGAACAAUUCUUGAGACAGGCUGAAGUCCUGCAAGAUCUAUAUGGCAUUGCCUGGUUCCAAAAUUUUGCAGUCAAGACAAAAGCGUAUGCUGCUAUUGCUAGCACCAGUACUGCUGCUAAAGACAAGUUCAUGGAUGAUAUCUUUAAAGCCGUUCUAGCCACAGGAUUUCUGUGCAACUGCGAUUGA